UUUAUUUGGUCUAGGGUAAAAUUCGAAGAGGUUAGGAAAUGGAGAUGGAAGUAGACACUGAGAAGAAGCCACAAGACAUGAAAGAGAAGGACCUAUUCAAAGCUGCUGAAGAUGGUGACUCCUCAAUCUUCGAAGCACUGUCACCAGAAACCCUCUCCAAAGCCCUCUCUCUUAGGAACGAAGACGCUCGCUCCCUUCUUCACGUCGCCGCUUCUUCCGGUCACUCACAGGUGGUGAAGAUACUGUCAUCUGCUGAUGCAUCGGGUCGUGUGAUAAAUAGUGCAGAUGAAGAAGGGUGGGCACCGCUUCAUUCUGCUGCCAGCAUUGGGAGUUUGGAGAUAAUGGAGAUUUUGUUGAGCAAAGGAGCUGAUGUUAAUCUGAAAAACAAUGGGGGUCGCACUGCUUUACACUAUGCUGCCAGCAAAGGUUGGUUGAAGAUUGCUGAAAUACUGAUCUCCCAUGAUGCCAAGAUUAAUGUAAAGGACAAGGUAGGUUGCACCCCAUUGCAUCGGGCAGCCAGCACCGGAAAUUUUGAGCUGUGUGAGCUUUUGAUUGAAGAAGGAGCAGAGGUUGAUGCUGUUGAUAGAUCUGGUCAAACUCCUCUAAUGAAUGCUGUGAUUUGCCAGAACAAAGAGGUAGCCCUCCUUCUGAUAAGACAUGGAGCAGAUGUGGAUGUGGAGGACAAGGAAGGGUACACGGUGCUUGGUCGAGCUACAAAUGAGUUUAGAGCAAUAUUAAUAGAUGCUGCCAAGGCCAUGCUUGAGUGAUACAACUACAAGAAAAUGAGAAUUGCCAGUAAUUGAAAAGAGAGCAUAAUGCAUUAAAGGAGGAUGGUUUUGCUGAAUACUUGUUUUCUGUUGAUAAAUGAUACAGACCAACCAAUUUGAUGGGAACAAAAGAACAAACCGAAGAAACAAUUGGAAUAAUACCUCGAGAAAUGGUAUAUUGAUAUGAACCAACAGUUACAGUAUUUCAAUAAGGAACAUUACAAUAACAAGAACAGUGUAGUUUUAUGGGAAUUUCAAUAACAGUAAUGAAAAAUGCAGAAAGAAGAAAUGGAUAAUGUAGAGCAAUUGGAGAGGCUCUACUCUCUCCCAAAUUCCAGGUCCAAGCAAUAUCCAAGAUGUCUUAACACUAAUGCACAAUGCACACUACCCUGUUUAACCAACCAAACCC